GAAACCCAGAGACUUUCCCUGAGACGCUGUGGAGGUUUUUCUGCAGAGACUCACCUGUCACCGGUCACCUGUGGAUGGUUCAUACAGCUGACUGUCCACAGUGAAGCAGGAUGAACGGAUACGAAACUCCAGCUCUCGCCUCCGGCAUCUUCGGCUCCUACGGCUCACAGAUCAAUGGCCAUGGCUCUCAGUCUCCUGAGCCUCCCAACAGUAAAGCCAAGUCUCGUGCCAAAACUCUUUACGAACAAAGAAAACACUUCACCAAAACCAGCAUCAACAGCCUGACGGACACGUCGCAGUAUCAUGUGGAGCACCUGACCACGUUCGUGUUGGACCGAAAAGACGGGAUGAUCACGGUGGAUGACGGCGUCAGACGUCUUCGCCUGCUGGACGCUAAAGGAAAAGUUUGGACUCAGGAGAUGCUGCUGCAGGUGGAGGAGAAAAGCAUCAGCCUCAUCGACCAGGAGACGAAGAAUGAGUUGGAGAACUUCCCCAUCGGGACCGUCCAGCACUGCCAGGCCGUGAUGAAUGCCUGCAGCUACGACUCCAUCUUGGCUCUGGUGUGCAAAGACUCGGGUCAGAGCAAACCUGACCUACACCUGUUCCAGUGUGAUGACAUCAAGGCGAAUCUGAUCCAUGCAGACAUUGAAAGUGCCAUGAUCGAUGCCAAAGGAGGUAAAGUGAAGAAGAGGCCAGAGACUCUCAAGAUGAUCCUGAAGAGUGAUGGGAUCAUCCCCCCUCCCCCUGCUGCACCUGCCCCCGAACCGCCGGCAUCAUCAAGCCAGGUGGACGUGAAGAGUCGCGCGGCCGCCUGGUCAGCCUGGACCAAUGAGCAGCAAGACUAUGAGAAGCAGAGGCAGUUAUCAGAGGAGGACGGAGCGGUGGAGAUGACUGCAGCCAGAGUGGACCAGGACGUGCAAAUCCUGAACCACAUCCUGGACGACAUCGAGUUCUUCGUGACCAAACUGCAAAAGGCUUCAGAGGCCUUUAACGAGCUCUCCAAGAGGAAGAAGAUCAAGAAAGGCAAAAAGAAAGGUCCAGGAGAGGGCGUCCUGACUCUGCGCUCCAAACCUCCCGGUGAGGACGAGUUUGUCGACUGUCUGCAGAAGUUCAAACAAGCCUUCAACCAGCUGGGGAAACUGAAGGAUCACAUUCAGAAUCCCAGCGCUGUGGAUCUGCUUCACUUCCUGUUCACUCCACUCAGGAUGGUGAUCCAGGCGUCGGGCAGUGUGGAUCUGGCUCGGAGCGUUGUGGUUCCUCUGCUGACCAGAGAGGCCAUCGACUUCCUGCAUGCCUCGGGAACAGCGGAGGAGAGACACCUGUGGGUCACUCUGGGAGAGGGCUGGACCAAAUGCAGGUUGGAGUGGCCGAAGGAUCAUUACUUUCCUCCCUGUGUGCUGAGGUUUCGGGACGGCUGGGAGCCUCCGGCGCUUCCGUCGGCGACGCCGUCCAGAGAGCACGAGCUGACUCAGCUGGCCGAGAGUCUCGCCAACGCCGAGGUCCAGAGACAAGACGAGCUGAGGAUGAGACUGGCUCAGGAGCAGCUGGCGGUGCAGAAGUUCCCUCCUGCAGACGGGUACGCCUUCUCCAACACCUCCUACAAACGCACGCACAUCCUGGAUCAGGACGCGGCCAUGGCUGCUUUUAAACAGGCCGUCAGCCGCCACGUAGACCGAAGUUUUGAUGCUGACAGCAGAGGCCAAUCAAAACAGUUUGCCAAAUCGAAAUAUGACUUUGUGGCGAGAAACAACACGGAGCUGUCUGUCCUGAAAGACGAGGUCGUCGAGGUUCUUGACGACAGGAAGCAGUGGUGGAAGGUUCGUAAUGGCUGCGGAGCGUCCGGCUACGUGCCAAACAACAUCCUGGAGAUCACCAAAGCCGUGGACAUCACCGGCAGAGGAGAGCCCAUCUACAGCCACACCAUACAGCUUAUGAUGCCAAAGAAGGAGUUUGAGUUGUUCAAGCAAUUACUUGGAGAGUUGAACGAGAAGCAGACCUCCAGGACCGACUACAUCCCCAGUAAACCAGUAGUGACUCCGAUGCCUCCGGCUCCCACACCACCCCCCCUGGCCCCCACAAGGCUCCCCACUCCGCCGCUGCCUCCUCCGGCUGCCGAGCCCGCCAAGCCGGCCGCCUGCAGCGGCACCGUCAGCCGCCAGAACAGCACCACGUCCAGCGACAACGGCAGCGUCGCCAUGAGGGACCACAGCAACCAGAGGCCGGCACCCUUCAACCGCAGGAAAUCCAACAUGGAGGAAGUUCAGGACGAGCUGAUGCACAGACUGACUUUGGGUCGCAGCGCUCAGAAGAAAUUUCAGGUUCCUUCUCGCAGCAGCAGCCUUCCGUCCGUCAGCAUCACCUACGACUCGUCGCCUGACGACGUCAAAGCCUGGUUAGAGGCCAAAGGCUUCAGUCCAGUCACCAUCACCAGCCUCGGCGUUCUGACCGGAGCUCAGCUGUUUUCUCUCAACAAGGAGGAGCUGAAGACGGUUUGUCCUGACGACGGAGCUCGAGUCUUCAGCCAGGUCACCGUCCAGAAGGCGGCGCUGGAGAAGAGUUCAGGCUCUGAGCUCCAGGAGAUCAUGAGGAGGCGGCAGGAGAAACUGGCGGCCAGCACCUGUGAUUCAGGGGUGGAGUCUUUCGACGAAGGCAGCGCCCACUGAGCUCCGCCUGGCCUCCUCCCUCCCUCCCUCCUUUAUUCUACCUUUGGUUUUUCAUACUGCAGCCUGCUGUUUUCUCGCACUCUUGAUCCUCAGGCGGCGGCGGAUCACGCCAAGUUUGUGGAGAUCAUGCGGCGCAGGCAGGAACUCCUCAGCUCGUCUCCGUAGGAGGAGACCGACCGGCCGACUGACAGAAUAUUCUGCCACGUCUGCCUGAAUCUGACGGACUCUGGAGGCGGUUUCUUCCCGGCAGAGUUCAGCUGCUGCUGUAGCGAGGCCUCUCAGUAUUAUUGUUAGAACGGCUGCUAGCUCGUUAGCUCCAGUUUGUGCCUCUGAUGUGUCACCGUGUUUCAGUCACAGAGCUGAGCAUUAGCUUCUCUGAGGACCAAACCCUGACAGUAACACUUCCUGCAUCGUUAUCGGUCGUGUUUAACCUGAAAGUCCGGAGAAAAAACAAAACUCGAUGCUGGUCUCAGCUGCUGUGUGGGAAUAUAUAGUGAUGAUACACUUAGCUGGUGAUAAAACUGCCAAAGAUUGUCAGAGAAGCAGAUGUUUCACUCUGUGACUUGAAUAUUGAUGAACUGGAAGCAAACUGAGCUCGUGUGACUGACGGCUGGACGGUUUGAGUGUCGGCUUGUUGUUUUGUUCCACUGAUUCAUGUAACUGUACAUUUCAGAUUGUUUGGCCAACAGAACGAUGUUAUUCAUAGUCUAUAAUCUUUUUAUGCUUAUGUCAAAAGCUGAAAUAACUUCAUAAGAUUAAUAGUAGAACGGAUCGACCGGAAAAACAAAACUUUACUAUGAUGUGUAAUUUAUGAACAUUAACAUGUGAUUAGAGGUUGUGGCACAAUCACAGGUUUGUGGAGACGUUAUUUGGUGAUUUUUUCAGCGAGUGAAGAAUCAAACCUGCGGGAUUCAGAAACACUGUGGUGGUUUCGUAGCGGCUGUUUGCUGAUGAAUUAUUUCUCCGUACAGAUGUUGAAGAGGUCAAAGGUCGUCACACUGAAUGUAGUCCACUGACUCGGCGACGCCCCCACUUUAAACAUGAGCGUGUCUUCUUCAGGCUCCGCCCACAGCAGCAGGUACUUCCUGUUUUUUUUUUGUUUUUUUUAAGUCCUGUUAGUUAUCUCACCUGAUCAGCUGUCAACAAACAUGAAUUAAUGAG